AGUCAGCAGUUAUCGUGUAAAUUUAGUAACAUUUUUAUUUCACAAUGCAUGGCUUAUCAAGUUGGACUUAAAAAGAGCUGUCACUCAGAACCUUCUUGCGUUUUGACAUGACAUUUAUUUCAGAGUUAGCGAAUCAGCAAAAGUAGAAAAACUUAGUGUUCGACUGUAAAUCCAAGACUACACGUUUGUGUUCCGCAUACAAUGUCUUAACGCUACGUCGUGUGCUUGUGUGGAAGAGACUGCAAAAAAAUAUUUACACGAAAAUACGCUCCAACAUCAGAUGAGCUCCGUCUGUGCUCAGACAACUGUCCAUACGUGCUACGGUGAAACUGAGCUGUGCCAUAACUUGAUGCACUGGUAUACUAUCUGUAGUAGAUCUUUAAAAUAACUGUCAUGAUUGUUCGGUGGUUCACCUCCUUGUGGGUGGUUCCACGAGGGCGCAUUGGAGUGGCGAACUCCCUGGUCAGACGGAGACAUCUAGUGGAGGUUGAUCGCUCUAUUUCAUCAGAUAUGUCUGAAUUUCGGAAGGUGUUUUCAAAAGCGAAGCACAUCGCGGUAAUCACCGGAGCCGGGGUGAGCGCGGAGAGCGGGGUGUCCACGUUCCGGGGUGCAGGUGGCUCCUGGAGGAAGUGGAAAGCGCAGGACCUGGCCACCCCCGAGGCCUUCUCGCGGAACCCGUCGCGGGUCUGGGAGUUCUACCACUACCGGCGGGAGCUGGUGCUGUCCAAAAGCCCCAACGCGGCGCACCGGGCCAUCGCGGCGUGCGAGGCGCGGCUGAGCCGACAGGGCCGCUGCCUCACCAUCAUCACGCAGAACGCCGAUGAGCUCCACCAGCGGGCGGGGUCCAAACACGUACUGGAGGUCCACGGAAAUCUCUUCAAAACCAGGUGUGUCAGCUGUGGAGAAGUGGCGUCCAAUCACAGGAGCCCGAUAUGCCCCGCGCUGGAGGGGAAAGGUAAGCCCAACCCACAUGUAAGCGAUGCCAAUAUUCCAGUAGACCAGCUCCCCAGGUGCGAGGACGAGGACUGCAGCGGGCUGGUCCGGCCCAACGUGGUGUGGUUCGGCGAGACGCUGGACUCCCGCGUCCUCACCAAGGUGGAGGAGGAGCUGAACAUAUGCGACCUGUGCCUGGUGGUCGGCACCUCCUCCAUCGUUUACCCGGCGGCCAUGUUUGGCCCGCAGGUGGCGUCCAGAGGUGUCCCCGUGGCCGAGUUCAACAUGGGGACCACGCCCCACACCAACCAAUUCGCGUUCCAUUUCCAGGGCCCCUGCGGGACCACCCUCCCCCUCGCUCUGGCGCGCCACGAAACGGAGAUCAUCUAAAGGGCGUGAGCGGGAUGACCACCCCGCCCCCCGACCCCGCCCCCACCCUCAACUCCAAAACAUCUCCGCAUCCAUGCAAAUAUCUAUGUCAUGUUUACAAAAUGGGCUUGCGUCAGUCUUACUAAACUGCCUGUGCGUGUCCGUGCGCUUGUGUGUGUGUGCUUGUGCGCGUGUGCGUGUUUGCCUGCGUGUGGAUGUGCGUGUGUGUGUGUGUGUGUGUGUUGGUGGGGGAAUGGAGUGAUUAAGACAUUCCCAUGAAGUUUAAACGCAAGUUCCCCAGUGCCGUAUUUCCAUUCCACAUGAUGCGUUUCAGUGCUUCAUCGGGGGUGACUGAAAUGGCGGUAGCGCGGCACAAGCGUGCUGUCGGUGGGCUUAAAGCCGCUAACCGCGCAGAGGUGCACCGUUUCCUGUGCCGUAGAGAGGCGGAGUCAAACGCACUUCCUGUGCUGGUUCAGGUUCUGGCCGCUUUCCGUGAUUGGCCUUUUACGGGAGUCGGCUCUGUACUGUGUUUUUUUUUUUUCUCUUCACGUUCAGGGAGCGCGCUCACACUCACGCCAGGACACUCCAGACUUCCAGCUUUCUGCUGCGAUGCAUCGUCUUGCACGCACGAGAAGGUGCGCAAUUUGGCUAAUGAGAUGAUUUAAAAGCAGAUAAAUAACCAGCCAAACCACUCGUCCCCGGCCAGGAAGUGCAUUUGACUACCGCUGCUCAAAAGAGCAAUAUUUUAGGCGUUACAUUUUUUAUGGGCAUCAUUGAAGUGUUAUUUAUACUGGGGAAAGAGGGCAUUUAUAGCAGGCUUGUUUAAAAUGCUUUGUUAGCAGACUCAGAUUCCAGAUUUUCUUUGUGCUGCAUUUUUUGGGAAGAUGAAUGUUUUUUACUUGCUGAACGUCUUUUUAAUUCUGCAGAUCCGGCAAUUUAAAUGAUUUUUCAGUGUUAGCAGUGCAUUGUGGGAGAAGGCACAAACUGUUACACACAGUACAGAUGUCCAAAGGAGCCUUAAUGAGACUACAGUCUACAAUGCAUUGGCUGGCAUGAAUGGACAGGUCUAUUACUGAGGUUUCAUUAAUCUUUAAGGGGUGGAGCUACAGAUUGAUUUCAGGUAACUAACUGUCAUGUCUAGCCCAAUUGGAUCACUUU